GGACAGACAAAAGCCUGUUAGUGUUCUCUUAGGGCGCCCAGCGGGAUUGUUUGUACACUAAAAGCGGAGCGAGCCCACGGAGCCCCAGGAUUGGGCCAGCUCCCUUGGUAGCCUGGAGGCUAGCAAACAGCACUUUACACACCGGCCCGCGGCCCACCCUUAAGUAGAGGGUGCAUUCCAUUCCACUGCAUGACGGUGCCUGUCACUUCGCUCCAUUGCAUUCCUGCCAUCAACACUGGGGACAGUGUUCGCUACCUCAGCGGCAAGCCGCAUCGCUGACGCUUCCCUUUUGCACUUCAUCUCGAUUGAAGGCGGCGCGGAGGCUGCCCCCUACUGACAGACACUAAGUGUGCUUGUUGAUCCCGGAGGAGAGAGCAGUUGGUCUCGACGUCACCGUUUGACGACGGAAAAGGACUGCCUUUUCUUUCAGAGUCUGUGUAGUGCACAGUGAUCAUGGAGGAGCUUUUGUGGUGGUCCAUGCGCGGCGACCCUACCGUGGCCCAGCAGAGUGCGGCUGCAUAUUUGUACGACCAGGGGUCUUGUGUAUUGACGAAGAUGGUGGCGACUGGCAUGGGGUUGUUGGCGAAGAAUGGCAAUUCUCUCGACCCUAGGGGCACGGGAUACGUGCUGACGAUGUUCUACGUGGACGACGAGGCGGCGGCAGAGUCCAUGAAGACGAUUGUGCAGAGCAUGGAAGGCGCGAAGGGGGCACUGCGGUACUGGCACAGGGUUGAUCUCUGUCCGUUCUUUUCGAACAAAGCCGGGUCGGUCCUUGUCGUGUUCGGCUGUUCUUAUGGACGUCUCUUGCCUCUGUGCGAGCAUAUUGUCAACAGUGACGGGAAGUCACUUAUUCGGAAUGGCCAGGCUACGAUGCGGUUUGGCAUGCAGGAGCAGGUGUGGAAGGAUUGUAUGGAGAGACUGGGAGGCUCAUGGGAAGACUUAUGAGACCUUGCUGGUCGUCUGUGGUGUCUGGCUUCUUGCAGUUCUUGUCUCUGUUUUAACCUGUAUCUGUGCGCCGGAGGUGGGAGGACAGUUGACGAUGGAGUGAAUGGCAUUGUGCCAUGAUCCCCUUUUGACCCAGUUGCUGUGACAAUAGAGCGUAGUGCAUUGUACAACAACACAAGCAUUGUAGACUGCAUGCACCCAACAAACAAUCAACUUAAACCCCAGAUACUGUCACCACCAACCAACAUCGUCAAUAGACACUGUAGCCCAGUACUCCAACUACAACCUAACCGCCGGAGGCUCAGGCAAGACUACGAUGACUCCCUACAGGCGAAGCCUGUGCCGAGCGAAGCGAAGGUGAACAUGUGGAAGAGAAACAAGAAGAAUCCAGUUAAUGAACAACAAUUGUCAAGUGCACGCCAGACAAAACACUCACAAUCUAAC